GGCUGCCUGGGACAUGAGGUUGGCAGAGGGUGUGCAGGCUGGCAGUCGGGGGGACUCACCCUGAGUGGCUGCUCCGAGGCCCUCCCACGCCCGGGACACUUGCCAUGCUGCCCUGCAUCCCGCAGGUGCUGUUGGCCUUGUUCCUUUCCACGCUGCUAGCCCAGGGAGAAGGCAGCCAGAGGAGGGCCACCCAGGCCCGCAGCAGCACCGCCCAGCCCACCCUGCUCAGGCUGUCUGAUCACCUCCUAGCCGACUACAGGAAGGGGGUUCGGCCUGUGCGGGACUGGAGGAAGCCUACUACCAUCUCCAUCGACGUCAUCAUGUAUGCCAUCCUCAGCGUGGAUGAGAAGAACCAGGUACUGACUACCUACAUAUGGUACCGGCAGUUCUGGACUGAUGAGUUUCUGCAGUGGACUCCUGAGGACUUUGACAACGUCACCAAGUUGUCCAUCCCCACAGACAGCAUCUGGGUCCCUGACAUCCUCAUCAAUGAGUUUGUGGACGUGGGGAAGUCUCCGAGUAUCCCUUAUGUGUACGUGAAUCAUCAAGGUCAAGUCCAAAACUACAAGCCCCUACAGGUAGUGACUGCGUGCAGCCUUGACAUCUAUAACUUCCCCUUUGAUGUGCAGAACUGCUCUCUGACAUUCACCAGCUGGCUGCAUACCAUCCAGGACAUCAACAUUUCCCUAUGGCGAUCACCAGAAGACGUGAGGUCGGACAAGAGCAUCUUCAUGAACCAGGGCGAGUGGGAGCUGUUGGGGGUCCUGACCCAAUUUCAGGAGUUCAGUAUAGAAACCAGUAGCAGCUAUGCAGAAAUGAAGUUCUAUGUGGUCAUCCGCAGGCGGCCUUUAUUUUACGCAGUCAGCCUCUUGCUGCCCAGCAUCUUCCUCAUGGUUGUGGACAUUGUGGGCUUCUGUCUGCCCCCGGACAGUGGCGAGAGGGUCUCCUUCAAGAUCACCCUCCUUCUGGGAUACUCAGUCUUUCUCAUCAUUGUGUCAGACACACUGCCGGCAACAGCCAUUGGUACUCCUCUCAUCGGUGUCUACUUUGUGGUGUGCAUGGCUCUGCUGGUGAUAAGCCUCGCUGAGACCAUCUUCAUUGUACGGCUGGUGCACAAGCAGGACCUCCAGCGGCCAGUACCUGCCUGGCUGAGGCACCUGGUCCUAGAGAGAGUAGCCUGGCUGCUCUGCCUCGGGGAGCAGCCCAGGGCCCAUAGGCUCCCUGCCACCUUCCAAGCCAGCAAGACUGAUGACUGCUCAGACAUGGGAAAUCACUGCAGCCAUGUUGGGGGACUCCAGGACUUGGAGAAGACGGCAAGGGGCAGGGGUAGCCCUCCUCCACCACCAAGAGAGGCCUCAUUGGCUGUGCGUGGGCUCUUGCAAGAGCUAUCCUCCAUCCGCCACUUCUUGGAGAAGCGAGAUGAGAUGCGGGAGGUGGCGCGGGAUUGGCUGCGGGUGGGAUAUGUGCUGGACAGGCUGCUGUUUCGCAUCUACCUGCUGGCUGUGCUGGCCUACAGCAUCACCCUGGUCACACUCUGGUCCAUUUGGCGUUAUUCUUGAGUGGGCACAGCCUGCCAGGGAGGGGAUAUAUGGGGCUGGUUAGGAUAAGGAUGGGGGAGUUCCCCUUAGUUCCUUCAUUCUGUUUUCCAACACCAAUCAUCUGAGCAAUCCCAAACACCCAAGUCUGCACCCUUGGCCCCUAAAUUUAGUGAUGAAGACCCACUCCACCUCCCCCACUUCAUUCCCAACUUCCCCAUCAUGGCUCUAAAGCAUGAUCAAGAGAAAUCAAAUCCCUCUUACCCUCUAACUUUACUCGUCAACGCAUCAAGCCCCAGUUUCCUUCCCAAAACUUCCAUGGAUGAAGGCCCUCAGAACUGCUCACUUCCACAAAAUUCAUUUUUUGAUUGAAGAAGAGAAAAUCCUAUAGUGUAGGUGCCUGAGACUUCUGCAUUUGUUUCACCCAGCCCCUAAUGACUCCCCUCUUCAGCCUACCUGUAGCCACUUCCCUAGCACCCAGCUUCAGCAGUCAGUGGGUGCAGGAAGGUAAUAAA